AUGAUAAAGGCUAUCUUCUAUAGUAAAUUCGAUACCCAGGAAGGACCCAAGGUUGUCCACCAGGUUCCUGACGGCGCAAUCGUCCCGUCAGCAGCGGCGGCCGCACAGCAGACCCCGCUCUUCACUUUCUCCGACAUAUCCUUCUUCGUCAUUCCGCGUCAAGAGUUGUGCGGAAACCUCCUGCAAGUAUGCAUUGGUGGCUAUCGGAUUCUGGGUUACCCUAUCUGUAUGAAGUCUCCUCGAUACGACCGCAAUGAAUUCAUCUUCAAUUUCUGCCUCGUUGUCGCUGAGGAUGAAGACUUUAGCAAAUAUACAAGUAUUAUCCAAAAACUCGCAGACUUAAUGCAUGGCCUGGAAGAGCAAAGCGGAUUUUUGAGCCGUGACCAUUCGAAGAGUGGUGAGGGUAAGCUGUAUAGUCUGUGUGAGACUUUGAUGGAAGACCUCAACAAUUAUAGCGAGUGUAUGAUUCCAAUAGAUGAGCUGAACACUCUCAAUUUCAAACUUUUCCCCGUCUACCCAGCGCCUCCCCACGUGAAAGCAUGGGAAGUGCCUCUUUUCACUGUUCGUUUUGAGACUUUUAUGGAUGAGAAUUGGGAUCUCACACUUCAAAGGAUUAUCCCAUAUAUCAAUGGAGUAAAUAGCGUUCGCAUUAUUUCCAUUCUUGCAGAUGUUGAGAUGCGUCUCGCCUACAAGGCGAUCCGGCAUUUACUAUACUACGGAUGUGUUUUCCUUCUCGAUAUCUUCUCAUUCGCAGCAAUAUAUGCACCUACAGCCCAAUUCAGCUCUACUAUUGCUUGCGAUGAAGGCAUGCAGCAAGAAUGUGCACGAUACAUCAAUACGCGAUUUGCACCUGCGCAUCCCAAACUGGCUCCAGCACCGCCGCCACCACCGGGGACUUCCUCACAUUCCCGUGCCGAGUUGAGUAACUCUCACGGUGGGGGAUUCUUACUCGAUACCGACGACAUUUGGCCAGUUAUCAGGGACGCUGAUAAUACUACUGAUGAACCCGACCAGCCGAGACGAAAGUGCCUAGAUGGUGUCGGCAUUGUCGAGCUAUACGCCAGUCUUAAACAAGGCCAGAGCGUCAAGCAAUGGUACAGCCUUCACUCACGACAGCUAGCCAACGUCGAUGUCCGCCGCUUUAUCACUUUUGGUAUCAUCAAAGGCUUUUUGUACCGCGUCCACAAAUAUCCUUAUGGCCCGCGUCCUGAAGCAUUCAAAUCUUUGAACCCAAAGAUGUCAACAGCGUCUACGGCGUCCAUUAAAUGGGCUCUUGCUCCCUCAACAUCAAGCUCAGUAGGCACCGGUGAUACAGAUGGUCCUCCGAGUAAAGAGAACUCUAUCAGAUUAGACCAAAGCGACCUUGUCCAACAAAUACCACCACAACCACAACUACAGUCAGGCGACGAAGCCCUCGAUGACCAAGGUGGCAUAUCGACAUCAUUUCGCAGCAACGGUAACAGCAACAUUAUUCCAACCCGGCCUGAAUCCACUGCAGCAACCUCAUAUGAAGAGGAAGAAGAUGUAGAAAACGAGAGAAUAGAUAAAUUGCUCGAAAAGUACUUGGAUGGACAGCAUUGUUUUGAUGAGAUUUGUACCGAGUUGGAACUCAGUGAGCACGACUUGACGGCACGCUUGAAAAGGGUUCCCUGGUCUGUACAUAUUAUACAUCGGUAG